UAAUUUUAAAUCGAAACUACGUUGAUGAAACCCAGAGCGGUGUUUCGAAAUUUUAUGAGCGGCGAUUUGGUGACGCAUAGGUAAAUGUCGGGAUUGUAUGGAGUUGGUAAUAGAUCGACUGCGUUUUGAGCGUUUAGCGGUCGGUGCUGCGAAGGCCGGGUCUUACGUCGAGGCGGCAUCGUUGUUCGGGGGACAUUGGUGAGGUGCGCGGGCGCGGCGUCACGCAACCGGCUCGCCAUGUCUCCCGCGUCUAUCCGUCAGUGUUCAGUUAAACCCUGCACGCGUUGAGGACAUGCCUGCGUUAUGGAUUAUCAAUGCAUCGUCGUCUACACCGUCAUCAAUAUCGCUCCACCGCGUCUUACAGCUCAAGCCUCCGAAUUCUCAAACGGCUGUGUCACCUGGUUCAAGAAUAAAAUUAAAAAAGCUCUUGCAGUGUAUCUUCAUUCUCUGAAAUUAAAUCCAAGCAACGGAAUCGUGCACGGUAACUUAGCGUGUCUCUAUUACAAACAAGGCUUCAUAGACCUAGCCAUCGAUACAUACAAGCGCGCUAUAGAACUACAGCCUGACUUUCCGGACGCGUACUGCAAUCUAGCUAAUGCACUCAAAGAGAAGGGCCUUGUGACCGAAGCAGAGGAGUGCUAUUUCAAAGCACUAAGUCUAUGUCCCACACAUGUAGAUACACUCAAUAAUCUUGGCAACGUCAAAAGGGAACAAGGGAAAAUUGAUGAAGCUACAAAUUUAUACAUGAAAGCCUUGGAGGUGUUCCCUAAUUUUGCGGCAACUCAUAGCAAUUUGGCAUCCCUUUUACAGCAACAAGGUAAACUACAUCAAGCUCUAUUUCACUAUAAACAGGCUAUCGGUAUACAACCUAAGUUCGCAGAUGCUUACAGUAAUAUGGGUAACACUCUUAGAGAGCUGCAAGACAUGACGGGAGCACUUGCAUGUUUCAAAAAAGCUAUUGAAAUAAAUCCUACAUUUUCUGAUGCACAUUGUAAUUUAGCCAGCAUUUACAAAGAUACUGGCAACAUCAAAGAAGCUAUUGAGUCAUACAAAAACGCUCUGUAUUUUAAACCUGAUUUUCCCGAUGCUUAUUGCAAUUUAGCGCACUGUUUACAAAUUGUUUGCAACUGGGAUGACUACUACGAACGAAUGCAUAAUAUUAUAGAAAUAGUCAAUAAACAAUUAAAAAUGGAUAAACUUUCUUCUGUGCAUCCACACCAUUCCAUCUUAUAUCCACUUACGAAUGAAGCCAGGCGAGAAAUUGCCACUCGACAUGCAAAUUUGUAUAUAGACAAACUUCAUUUUUUGCAAAAUACUGUCACGUUUCAACACCCCAAAGUUAUGGAAGGUCGAUUACGAAUUGGUUACGUAAGCAGUGAUUUCGGUAAUCAUCCAACCUCACAUUUAAUGCAGUCCAUUCCGGGUAGCCAUGAUCGUUCCAAAGUGGAAGUUUUUUGUUAUGCACUCAACGCUGAUGAUGGUACAACAUUCCGUAGAAAAAUAGUUGAAGAAUCUGAAAAUUUUAUCGAUUUAUCUUGUAUCCCUUGCAAUAUGGAAGCGGCUACAAGAAUCCACAGAGAUGGUAUCCAUAUCUUAAUUAACAUGAACGGUUAUACAAAGGGAGCUAGAAACGAAAUUUUUGCUUUAAAACCAGCGCCUAUUCAGGUUAUGUGGUUGGGAUAUCCGGGGACAAGUGGAGCGGGCUACAUAGAUUAUAUGAUAACUGAUGAAGUUUCCGCACCUUUGUCGUUAUCAGAAGAUUUUAGUGAAAAAUUUGCAUAUAUGCCGCAUACUUAUUUUGUUGGUGAUCACAAAAAAAUGUUUCCUCACUUAAAAACGAAGUACAAGGUACUGAUUGAUAAUAAUUCGAUAGCUCAUGAAAAUGUAGCACUGAUUAAUUCGUCUGAAUUUAUUAAUAUUGAUGAAGUUUUUAAUGUAAGAUGUGAUAAGACAAUUGUAUCCUUCGAAAAUCUCGAAGAAAUUGAAUUUAUUAUAAGAAAAGUAAACAUUCCGAAUUAUGUACUCGAUACGACAAUUAAUCCUAAGCAAGAAAAGGUCUUAGUCAACGGUACUGUCAUUGAUAAUGGUAUAUCAAUAAAUUAUUCCAGUAAGAGAGUUGCAUCCGGUGAAGUUUCUUUUGAAAAUAUUGUUUUUACGUCCAGAAAGCAGUACGGCUUACCUGAAGAUGCAGUUGUUUUUUGCAAUUUCAAUCAGCUAUACAAAAUUGAUCCAAGAAUAAUGGAAUCUUGGGUAACUAUUCUGAAACUGGUCCCUAAUAGCGUACUGUGGUUGUUAAGUUUUCCUGCUGCUGGAGAACCUAAUAUUCAGAAAUAUGGGCUAAAUUUAGGUUUAACACCAGGACGUAUUAUUUUCUCUAAAAUUGCUUGUAAAGAAGAACACGUAAGACGUGGACAGUUAGCAGACAUCUGCUUAGAUACACCACUUUGCAACGGCCACACAACGACGAUGGACAUCCUCUGGACUGGCACUCCAGUGGUUACUCUGCCCGGAGAUACGCUCGCUUCAAGAGUUGCUGCAUCCCAGCUAACAGCACUUCAUUGUACGGAGCUCAUUGCUAAAAAUAGAAAGCAUUACGAAGAUAUAGCCAUCAAAUUAGGAACUGAUUCUGCAUACCGGCGAUAUAUUCGUGCGAAAGUUUCGAAAGCUCGUUUAGAAAGCACGUUGUUUGACUGCGAGCAUUAUGCAAGAGGCUUGGAGAGCCUUUACUCUAAAAUGUGGGAACUAUAUCAAAGAGGAGACAAGCCUGAUCACAUCGCUGUUUCUUCGAAGUGAUUUAUAAUUUUAAUUAGUUGUUAGAUACAUUUAAUUCGGUCAUUAAAAAAAUAAUAAACAUUAUUUUUAUUUAAAAAUAAUUUUAGAAUUUUCUCAUUCAUUUUCGAAGAAUUGGGGUGUUUUUAUUUCAAAAGUCUUGAUAUUAGGUUGGGUUCCUUGAUUGAUAACUAUUUAUCGAAAAUUAAACAUAAUUAAGCAAUCCGUGUGACAUCGCAUUAUUCUGCAGUUCAAAAAUAGAAUAGAAUACAAAAUACAAUAUAAAACUAUUACAACAUUAUUUGUAUGCGGUAAUGAAACCGUCACUGUAAAUUUGGAUUCUUGACGCGAAAAUAUAAAUGGUAUUGGAUACACUUUCAUUAAAUGCUACGUCCGUUUUCGCUGCGGCUUUUGCCAGUAGCAGCUAGCGUUGUAAUCUAGGUUCAUAUUAAUAGAUGUUUCAAUUAUUUAAUCUCACGCAACCCGACUGGAUAGUGCUUACUUGUGGUCUAUCCGUGCAUGCAAAUAAGUUGAAUAUAUACAUAAAUUGUGUUAUUGUUAUUCCUGAUAAUAAAAUGACGUUCAAAAAAGGAUUUUUAAUUUUUUGUUCAUCU